AGGUUAUCAUUCAAAGUUGAUUGGGUGGUAAAUUUUGACUUACGUAACUACUGGUGAUGAUAAAUCUACUCUGAGUGCUAGUCAAGAAACUUCGACAUGAAAUUCUAAAUGGAUUGUGAAAGGAGGAUUUUGAUUACCAGAUUAAUGAAACACACAUCUUAAUGUAUAUAUAUAUAUCUAUAUUAUCAACUACAUACCAUGUGUUUUUAUUAUAGUUACCAUCAUACAAUUGUACAAGUAUGUUGAACACAAUCUGGACAAUAAAUAUACAUCUAAAUAUGUGUGCUUGGUAAUGUAUGUAUACAAUUUAUUUUUCCUAAUCAUUCAUUGGUCGAUUUGCGAAUCAACUACAAAAUAAAAUUAAUCUGAGUGGGUGAUACAAACACAAAAAUCUUACUCAUCAUUAUAAUUAUGAUAAAUCUUAUUCAUCAUUCAAUUCAUUUACACUUGAUGUUUACUAUUGUACUUGUUUCAUGUGUAGUAACAGUGAGACUUGAACAAAUUGCUUGUAAUUAAUUAUCAACGUGCUUUUAUGCGGUCACAUGAAUAUCAUUUAUGAAACUGACCAGUUGUUGUUAAACACAUGAAAACUACAUUCGGAUUUCAUUUGUUUUCUGGAUAGAUAAAUAAAUAACUUUUCUAAUUACUUCUUAAAUUGAACUGAUGCAUUUAUGCAACUCGAAUUCAUUACACUUGGAUAUUAUUUGGAUUAAAGCUGAACUACAUACAUUUUUGCAUUCACUUUACUCAUCCACAUCAUCACAAUCAAUAUUGUUGUCGUCUUCUUUGUCAUUGCCAACGUCAUCAUCAUUAUCGUUUUUACCCUCAACCAUAUCUAAAAUAUUUUUCAAGCUAUUUUCCUUACUGAGAUCAUUAGUACGGUUCAACUAUAUUUUCGUGACAUAUUAUUUACGAGUUUACGUGAUAUGCAUUAAAUAUCUACUAGGACAAUGUUUAACCCGAUACAGGACUAUUAUGACAAAUAAGGAUGUCAUUAAUUAUCGGUAUUUCAAAAACAACCAUAGAAUCCAGUUGUCAUCAAGACGACAUACUCACUUUCAUCAACAUCCCUCAUGGUAUAGAGAGAUAAAAACUGUUUCUGAUCGCCUGAAAUCCUCAAAAAAUAUGAAUUAUGAAACAGCUAUUUCUGACACUGCUCAUAAUGAAUGUAUAAAUACUGAUGAGUAUGAUUCCAGUAAACAUUUCCGAUGUUAUUCAUAUCGAACAACCAGUUCCGAAAGUAGUUUUCAUCGAUUUGAAUUUACCAUGCAAUAUUAUGCUAUAUUUGUGUACCUAUUAUUCACUUUAUUCAAUGUACAAUGUAUCAAUGGUAAACCUACUUCAUUGUCUAAAAAUGGAACUUUUGCCGAAACCACUUCAUCGAUUUACUCUUCCGACUUGUCAUCAUCAACAAUAUCGCCAAAUUCAUCUUUAUCUCCACCCUCACUAGUAAUAUCGUCUAAUCACACAAUGGAAGCAUCAAGUGUGGAUGAUUUAUUGUUACAGUAUUUAGAUUUAUCAACUUUUCAAACAUUAAGUUCUACUCAUUCAGGUCGUAAAGUACCAAUAACAAAUGUGAUUAUGCGUCCACAUAGAUCUAGACGUAGCUUAUCAUUUUAUAUGUCUAAUUUAGAUACUUCACCAUUGCUUUUAACUCCGUUCGCACAAAAUUAUUCAAUGAAAGCAAGAUUUUUAAACAUCGAUAACAAUGGAACUAUUAAACUAGUUAAAUCCUAUAAAGAUACAUCUGCACUGAUUACGAUUUCGAUAAUUGCUGAGUGGUCAACGCCAAUGAACAAAGACAACUUACUAAAAAGUUACUACAACCACGUGAUGGAUCGCGAGUAAUCCUGCGUAAAUUUGCCAAAAACAUAUGUAUAUGUAUGCAUCUGAAUGGGACAGUCUAUACAGAGCGUAUAAUUAACCAGACACUAACCGAUAACUGUGAAUGGCACCUCAGAGCAUCAAGGCAUGGAAUAGGCUUUGAACGCCGACUAACUGAAGACGACA